AUGGCUGCCAACAAGAAAGAUUCAUGGCAUCUCGGCCUCCCGGACUGGUCGCCUAACGAGCUCCACUCCAUUUCCGAGGGUUCGAGAAGCCAGGGAAGGGCUGGUAACCCAUCGUCCACGGCAGCCGCUUUGCACAACAGAACAUCGCCUUUCGAGGAUGUUUCUCUCGAUCACGAAAACAACAACAAGACUUCGGAUCUGGCCCAGUCGACUGUCACUGCACCGCCUCCUACACGGAUGGCGAUCGAAAACUCCCUCUACUCUAUACCAGAGAGCUUCGUUACAGCCGCGCCAUCUUUUCAUCAGCCUCGACCUCCCCAGCGACCGAGAUCCGCCGCUGUGCAAGCGCUACAAAGCUCGCUAAGCAAGAUCUCCCUAACGCCGAACGACAUAGCCUACCCCGUUAGUCUCCUCCGCUCCGGCACAACCGAAGACCUCACCCGAGCCGAACGCCUCCUGGGUCUGCGGCGACACUCCGAUCCGAAGCCCAAAGAAGACAUCUUCGCCCUCCCAGCGAUCACCUCCAAGGAUAUCUCAACCUCUACAGGCAGUCUACCGAGAUACAACUUCGAAGUGCCCGGUAGUGCUCGCCAAGCCGAACCACUCAACGGCCGCACAGCCUGGCUCCACGCCCUGACCGGCGCUCUGGUAGUCUUCAACUGCUGGGGCCUAGCAAACGCUUUCGGCCUCUUCCAGGCAUACUAUGAACGGUACUACCUCGCGCACACAAAUAACGCAAAUCCCAGCGCUAUCUCCUGGAUCGGCAGCACUCAACUAGCUCUCGUCUUCGGUCUCGGUGUCCCAGUCGGUAGACUAGUGGAUAAAGGAUACUUCCGCCUCGUCUUCCAUAGUGGAAGUAUCAUCACGGUCCUAGGCAUCUUCUGUACAGCCUGGUGUCGGGCCCUCUGGUCUCUCUGGCUGGUACAGGGUCUGAUCACAGGAUUGGGAAUGGUACUAAUGACAUGGUUCGAUGAGCGAAAACUUGGCGCUGCCAUGGGACUAUCAGCAGCAGGAAGCUGUAUAGGCGGAAUCGUCUAUAUCGUCCUCGCCCGCAAAUUCCUGCUAUCCCACGGCUUCCCGACCACGAUGCGCAUCUUGGGCGGCGUCGCAGCCAUAGCACUCGUCCCGCCGAAUCUCAUCUUCCGCGUUCGAGGUCAACGCCAUCGCAGCAGCCGAGGCAACAACCGCCAGAACGAACCCACUAAACCCUACGCCCUUACCUGGAGAACCUUCACAUCAAAACCCUACCUCCUAGCCGCAGGAGGAAUCUUCUUCGCCUUCUUGGGGAUCUACUUCGGCUUCGUGUACAUCGUUCUUUUCGCCUCAACGCAACUCCAUCUCUCUGACACCGGGGCCACGAAUCUGCUGAUCUAUAUGCUUGCUGCGAAUCUACCUGGUCGAUUCCUUCCGGCGCUGAUCUCGGAUCGUUGUAUUGGUCCCUUGAAUACUAUCAUCCCGAGUAUCUUCCUCAGUGCCGCUUGUGUGGGACUGUGGAUCUCGCUAGGUGAGGGACCGGGAGCGAGAGGGGCGCUGACGGUCGUGGCGUGCUUUUAUGGGUUUGUGAGUGCCGGUGUACAAGUCCUCUACGCACCGACUGUUUAUGCUUUCUGUCUUGAACCCACCGUACUCUCUGGCACCGCUAAGAGUUCGACGCCUCCCACCACAGCAUCUACAGCCUCAGACCGCGAGAGAGUGGAGAUAGCUAUGGACCGUAUAGGCGUCAAAGCCGGGGGGAUCUUCACAUGUAUCGGUCUUGCGUGUCUAGUCGGGACGCCUAUUGGUGGUGCGCUGGUACAGUAUAGACAGGAUAGGGGACUCGCGAGGCCUUAUCUGGCGGCGCAGGGUUUUGCUAUGGGGUGUCUGGUGCUUGGUGGGGCAUUGUUGCUUGCGAGUCGGGUGGCAAGGGUUGGGUGGGGUGGGAGGAGGGCUUGA